AUGUUGACAAACUGGUUCUCGCAACCUGCAGGCACUCGCUCCUCUACCGAUGACCCUCGUGGUCCUGACGCUGAGGAUGACACCCUAGUGAUGGAGCCCGAUCAGGGCAAUGUCCUCUCCCAUAUUAUCUCUCAACUGCGACCCGGGGCCGAUCUGAGUCGUGUCGUUCUUCCCACCUUCAUUCUCGAACCCCGCAGUAUGCUCGAGCGCAUCACGAACUUCAUGUGCCACCCCGAAAUGCUCCUUCAGAUUCCAUCCAUAGACGACCCCGUCGAGCGCUUUGUAUCCGUAGUCAAGUUCUACCUCAGUGGUUGGCAUAUUCGUCCUCCAGGCGUCAAGAAACCCCUGAACCCUAUCCUGGGUGAGAUAUUCACUUGCUACUGGGAUUUUGAGGAUGGAAAGCGCGCAUAUUACAUCUCUGAACAGACUUCCCACCACCCACCCAAGUCGAGUUACUUCUACAUGGCCCCAGACCACCAUAUUCGUAUUGACGGAACUCUUAAGCCUCGGAGUCGUUUCUUGGGAAAUUCUGCCGCCAGUCUGAUGGAGGGUAUUGCAUUUCUGAGUUUGCUGAACCGCGGAAAGGACGCUGCAAAGGGGGAGCAAUAG